AUGGAGUUCAUGACCAAUUUGCAAAGCGGCCUUGACGACCAGAAGCCUUCCCUCUUCGAGCUACUGUCUGAACAACAAUUAGGCGCCCUCAUACCACCUUCCCUACGAUACCUCCUCGCCACCGCGACCCAUCGACAUCCUCGCUACCUCCUCCGCAUCCUCAACUCGUUCGAUGAACUCUACGCCUUUGUCUCUCUUCUUGUCGAACGACACUACUUACGAACUUAUGGCGGCGGCUUCACCGAAAACUUCUACGGUCUCAAACGAGAAAGGUUACUACGCACCAAAGGCCACGAGAUUCCUCGCGCCUCCAUCGGAGCUCCCGAACAAGUCCGCGAGACCCUCAAACUCACCAACAACGAUGUCUGGAAGAACUUGCUCGUCAUGGUCUUGCUACCAUACACGAAACGCAAAUUGGACGAACACUACGACAUCCACGCCGCAUCUGCCAAUAUUCUCGGACCAGGCUUCCGAGGAGACACACUGCAGGACAAUGCAACCUACAAGCAACGAAUUUUCCACUACUACAAAUGGUUCCUGCGGAAAAUAUACCCAAGUGUCAAUGCUGCAUAUUACUUCUCUCUGCUGGCGUUCAACCUUGCCUACCUCUUCGACACCUCAAAGUACCAUAAUCCCUUCUUCUGGCUCAUAGGCACACGGAUACGAAGAAUGAAUUCAGCAGACUACAAAGCCAUUGCUGCCGCCGCUGCUACUCCUUUGCCUGUUUCUGGUGCAAAGCCUGCACCUCAAUCGCUCCUCAGUCCACGGACACUCACACAAGUCGUUUACCCGAGGUUACUCAGCAGUCUGAAGAUCUUACUACCGACAUCGAUAUUCGCACUCAAGUUCCUGGAAUGGUGGCAUGCCAGUGACUUUGCAAGACAAUUGAGUAGGAAAGCCGCAGAAGGGUUGGAGUUACCUGCGCCUACCAUCACAGGCAUACCAAAGUCUGUCCCAUCUACUGCAACUGCUCAGAAGUCUGGAGUCACAUUUGCCACUUCUGCCGACGAACAGGACCAAGCGAAAGACGAAGACAAGGAACAAGAAGAAAAGGAAAAGAUCAACCCCCCAGUCUCGGCCACUACGAGCCUCCCAAUCUUCACCGUCGCCCCGCCGACUGCGUCUUCAAAUUGUCCGAUCUGCUUGUCAGCUAUUCAAACACCCACGGCAGCACAAACGGGCUAUGUCUUCUGCUAUACAUGCAUUUUCCGUUGGUUGGAAGGUGAGCAUCCUCGUCAGGUGGCCUUCAUGCAGGGAGGCACAGAAGAGCAAGGCUGGAAAGACCAGUCAGGUGGGAAUAGAGACGGAAGUUGGGAAGACGGAAGAGGCAGAUGCGCAGUUAGUGGACGCAGGCUGUUGGGUGGAAGUGGAGGAUUGAGAAGAGUCAUGGUUUGA